AUGGCUGAGCGUCGUUCACGAGGAGAGCCACUGCAGUACAUUCUCGGGUCGACCGAUUUUGGCCCAUUGACUCUUCUCACCAAACCACCUGUUCUUAUCCCUCGUCCAGAGACAGCGUUUAUCAUAGAGGACCUCGCAGCUCGAAUCUUGAGCGCACGCCGACGAGGCGCAGUCACUCGGCCACUGGUCAUCCUCGACCUGUGCGACGCGCUACAUGUGGCGUACGGGGUCGACAUUAGCCCUGACGCUGUGGCUCUGUCUCGCGAUAACAUUGCCUCGUUGCAAGAUCCAAAAGUCACCAUCUUCCAGGCCGAUAUCCUCGCUCCGACGUUUCCCAACUCGCUCCGGCAGGCCACUGGUAACGUGUCCAUCGACAUCAUCACGUCCAACCCGCCUUAUAUUCCCCAGGAGGAGUGGGAAAGUCUUCCUUCAUCUGUGAAAGAAUAUGAGGACCGCGGAGCGCUCGUGGGUGGCCCAGUUAGCGGCGUCGGCGACGGCGUGGCCUUUUACGACCACAUCUCCAAAAUGGCCAAGGACAUUCUCUGCCCCGACGCGUCGCUGGAUGGACAAGUGCCGCGCCUUGCCGUGGAGAUUGGUGCUUCCCAAGGAUCCAUGGUGUCCACUCUGCUGCCAGGGAAGACUGAGAUUGUACAAGACCAGUAUGGGCGAGACCGCAUGGUGCUCUCGUCGAUGUAA